CUGCACUUAGGCGUUCAGUCUUUAUUGAGUGUCGCGAAAAAUCGGUAAUCAAUCCCAACAAAAAAGCGUUAGAAAGUAAAUCAAUCAUCAUAAAUACAAGGACAUCUUCAAGACUAGACGGGUCAUCUGUUCCGGCAGGUGAAAGGUAAGGCGAAUGGCUCUCAUACGUUGCUGUUUCGAACCAGUUGAAUUACCAGAAUUUUUCGACACUUUUGUGCAGAAAUGUACGGAUCCGACAUGUUGUUGUGGUUGUUGCUCAGCGCUACGCCCGCGCUACAAACGGCUGGUGGAUAAUAUAUUUCCCGUAAAUCCUGAAGAUGGUCUUGUCAAAUCGAACAUGGAGAAGCUAACAUUCUAUUCUUUAAGCUCACCAGAUAAGCUAGAUCGUAUUGGUGAAUAUUUGUAUCAAAAAGCUAGCAAGGAUAUUAAUCGCAAACGUUACAAGUUUGUAGAAAUUGCCAUGGAGGCAAUGGACUUACUAUUGCAGGCUUGUCAUGCACAGACUACAUUAAAUUUAUUCGUUGAGUCUUUUUUGCGUAUGGUACAAAAAUUGUUGGAAGACACUAACCCCAAUCUGCAAAUUAUGGCUACCAAUUCGUUCGUAAAGUUUGCAAAUAUAAAUGAAGACACACCUUCCUACCAUCGGCGUUAUGACUUCUUUAUAUCAAAAUUCUCUGCUAUGUGUCAUGGCAACCACGAUAAUGUGGAAUUACGCGACAGUAUACGCCUAGCUGGUAUUAAAGGUUUGCAGGGUGUGAUACGAAAGACUGUCUCUGAUGAUUUGGUUGAGAACAUAUGGGACAAAGUGCAUAUGGAAAAAAUAGUACCCUCUUUGCUGUUCAACAUGCAGUUUUGCGUGAACGUUUUGUUUGUGAAGAAAAAUUUAAUUGCGUCUGGCGACUUAACUCCCGUUGAAGACGCAACACACGUAACACCACCAGUGCUGGCCGAAGAAGUAUUACGCGAACUUGUUGGACGUGCAUCUUUCGGUCAUAUACGCAGCGUCUUGAAGCCACUGCUCACGCAUUUGGACCGUCAUGAAUUAUGGGUGCCGAACACGUUCGCUAUACACACCUUUCGCAUUGUAAUGAUCUCCAUACAACCGCAGUAUUCGUAUACAGUUGUAGAGACAUUAAUGCAACAUUUAGACAACAAUUUCAAGUCAUCGCCGAAGACACGCACAUCUUUAGCUGUCGUACUUUCCAAAAUAAUAGCGAUCGCUGCUGGCGAAAGUGUCGGUCCCUCCGCAUUGGACAUUAUCAAUAAUUUGCUUACACACUUGCGUACUAGCGUCAGCACAACAACAGAAAUUACCAACGAAGAAUCACAAUAUCAAGAGGCACUCAUCAAUGCGCUGGGCGAAUUCGCUAAUCAUCAUCCCGAUUAUCAGAAAAUCGAAAUAAUGCUAUUCAUUAUGAAUACGGUGCCCGAUCUAUCGAAGAAAAGCAAAGGCGAUCAAAUGCUGCAGAAUAUACUGUUGAAAUCCCUACUCAAAGUUGGUACACAAUACAGCACAGUUUCAUUCGAAAAGGCCUUCCCGGCAUCCUUCUUACAACCCUUACUGAAGAUGGCACGUGCACCACAUGAUCCGACGCGUGUCAUCGUUAUGCAGAUCUUCCAGGCCCUACUCGAUCGCCAUCAAAACGAAAAAGUGCUCAGUUAUGUGACUAUAAAGCCUUACCCAGCUUUAUCGCAGGAGCCACCAUCGCGCUCUGACAUAAUAUUCACACAUAAAUAUGGCGCAAAUAUAAUGCAGGCCCUCAUCGAUAGUAUGGCUCUGUCGGAUCGCAUUGAAUCGCUUGCAUCCAGCUACAAUACGGCGGCUUUGCUUAUUGUCGAAAUGGCUUGUGGCGAGACUGUGCAAGAAUUCUUGCUGUUCAUUUUGGGCAUUCAACAGGUCGCUCUGACAGCCGAUUUGGAAUUGGAAGUGGUGCAUAAAUGCAAUUUACAUUGCAUCGCCAUCGCUCUGAUGUCCCUAAUCUCACGCGUUACUGGCGUAAAUAACUUGCUUGAAUAUGCGCAGAAAAUAAUCGACGCACGCAAAGAGGAGGCACCAUAUUUUCUGCCCCCCUUAUUGGACCCGAAAAAGACGGGAACUACGAAAAUGAAUCUUGGCUUACCCCACCUGACCAUCGAUAAAAUCGCGCUAGCUGAAAGUCUACAAAACGCCGGCAUGGACUCGAAUCGCUUACAGACCGGUACGCCGUAUGCGCUGAAUCAAACCGACAAUCCAGCCCACCGUCACUCCUGGGUAGACACUGUUAGCAAUCCACAGUUGCCGCAGCGCAAUAGUUCCGCCGAUUUGACGGCAUACAAUGCGGACGGCGAUAGCGUGACAAGUUCACCGGGAGUCUCUAAGAAAAUCCUUGCACCCGAAUACAAUUUCGAGGCCAUGAAACGUGCAUUGGCCGAACCCUCCGAGGCGAUGAAGCGCGAACAGCGCGAAAAACAGUUGCAGAUAGUGCGCACAUUCCGGGAAGGCAACUUUGAGGACUUGGUACGGCGCACAGAGCCAAAACAUGAUCUUAUACAAAAUCGCCUGAAUGAUCUGUUUAACUCGCUGGCUGUUGAGCGUCAGAUAACCCAAAGCGACAUUAAAACGCAGCAGCUGCAAGCAGAAAAGCCGAUUUACGAAACGAAUUUCCCUGAAUUGUUCUAUUAUUAA